AUGUUGCCAGAAAAAGAAGAAAGAAUCGACGAGGGGGCUACCAGAGCAGCUCCUCGUUGCCAACUACCGUCUCUACUUCCUCCUGCCUCCCCCUUCGACCUUGCUGUUUUUGCCAUCAUUCCUCCUUGCUACCAACCCGGUACAAGAGAACCAUCAGCCGACCCGCCCGUUAUAGAGACUAAUGGAUACUUGGAAGAUAAGUUGCACAAUCAGCUACCUCAAAGAGCACAAGCAUUUUGGAGUGGAAGUAGUAUAGAGGUACGAACAACAUAUACUCCAUCACCGCCUCAAGUCGUCGAUAACCUCAUCUUCACCGUCAUUGCUUCACUUCGAUCCAAUUUUUUUUUCCUAUUCUUCCAAUUUCUUGGUCAGCGUUGUGGGCUGUUCUUCCAAUUUCUUGGGUCCCUGUGCAACGUUUUUUUUCUGGGUCACAAAGUCCAUAAAUUAGUCACACAUGGAAUCCAUCCCCCUAUUCGAUUCGUCGGUGAUAUUGAAGUUGCACAACCGAUGAAGAGAAUUGAUUGGCUUCAUCGUCACCACCGCCUUUGCCCAGUUCCUCUCUUCUAUCGACGGAAUCCAGCAACAAGAGUUCUUCAGACUUAAAGGUUUCUACAAGUAGUACAUCUGGUAAGAUGUUUUCUUUAUACUUACUUCUAGGCCUGAUAACAACAAAAAAGUUGCUUUUUAACUUUUAACUUUUGUUUUUAGAUGGUUUCAUGCUAAUUAUUUAUGCUAAUUAUUUAUGGAUCUAAAUGGAAGUAAGAAGGAAAUGACAAUUGAGGCUACAAAAAUUGCAGUUGUUGCAAGAUUCUCAAAAAUGGAUCAAAAAUACUCAUUUAGUAUAUUGGAAUUUAGUGAUCAAACUUAUUUAAUGAAUUUUAUUCCGCCUAGUGGUAAACACACUUCGACACUAACCUGUUGCAAUCAUCUUAGCAGGUAGUUAUAACCUUUUCCAAUCGUUUUAGAAUGCAACUACAACC